CACAGAAGUAGGUUCAUUAUCCUUUUGUUGCUUUUGUCCUUGUUGACUAAUACAGCCAAUGGGAGUUAUAUUCUCUGAACAAUUCUAAUUAGUCGUAUAGAGAUAAGAAUGUCGAAGGCCGUACCUGUAUUCUUCCAUGUGAAGUCUCCUGUUGCUUCCGUCCCUAAGCCCUGCAAGCUGCGUGAGUCCAUUAAGCAGGGAACUGUUCUGAUUCUCCUGAGCGGACGCUACGCUGGUAAGCGCGUUGUGUUCUUGAAGCAGCUCGCUUCGGGACUUCUUCUGGUGUCUGGACCUAAGAGCGUGAACAGAGUUCCUCUGAUUCGUGUGCCCCAGUCCAGAGUGAUUGCCACCAGCACCAAGCUGGACAUCAGCUCUCUGGAUCUCUCCAUCAACGAUACCUUCUUCUCUUCGAAGAACACUGAGAACAAGGAAGCGACCCAGAAGACUGUAGAUGACAAGCUGGAGGCCUGCAUCGAGAAAACUCCUCUGAUGAAGGAAUACCUGCACGCCAGAUUUGUUAUCGGAAAGGGAAGCCGCCCUCAUGACAUGAAGUUCUAAGUUGGAGGCUUUCUAGUGUUGUGGAUGGUUUUCUAUAUUCU